CGAUAAGGCAAACGCAAACUGUGGGUAUAAAUUAGAUGAGUUUAGUUUUCGAGUUGUAUUUAUUGCCAGUUUAACGCUACACAAAAAUGUCACUCGACCUCUACUACAACCCAAUAAGUCCUUCCUGUAGGACAGUCCUUUUAGCUGCUAAAGCUAUUGGAGUCGAUUUAAAUUUGAAACCAUUAAAUAUCCUAGAAGGAGAACAACUUAAACCGGAAUUUCUAAAAUUAAAUCCGCAACAUACAAUACCAACUCUAGUUGACAACGACUUCUCUGUUUGGGAGAGUAGAGCAAUCAUCACGUAUUUGCAAAACAAAUAUGGUAAAAAUGAUUCACUCUAUCCAAAGGAACCGAAGAAACGAGCACUUGUAGACCAAAGACUGUUUUUCGACUUGGAUCUGGACUCGCGUUUUCAUCAAAUUUAUAAUCGGAAUACGUUAGGUGGAGCACUACCUGAUCCAGAAAAACUUAAAGCAGCCAACGAAAGCUUAGAGUUUUUAAAUACCUUUUUAAAUGAAACAGAGUUCGUUGCAGGCGACCAUCUUACUCUAUCUGAUUUAUCCUUAGUGGCUCAAAUAUCUACCCUUGAUGUAAUGAAACAUGAUCUGUCACCUUACAAGGACAUCAAAAGAUGGUAUGACAAAGUCAGGGUUACUGCGCCUGGUUAUAAAGAGGCCAAUGAAGAUAAUUUGAUAAUACUUAAGGAAAUGAUAGAAAAAUUCUCUAAAGGACACGAAUUGUUGCGCAAGAUGUUGGGUAUACCUACUAUUUCAACUCCUGCAAAUGAUAUUUUUGACGGAAAAGUAAGAAUGGCACUCGAUCUCUACUACGCCCCAGGAAGCGCUCCCUGCAGGAUAGUACUUCUAGCGGCUAAGGCUAUAGGUGUGGAUUUAAAUUUGAAACUUUUAAAUCUUUAUGAAGGGGAACACCUUAAACCGGAAUUUCUCAAACUAAACCCGCAACAUACAAUACCAACUCUAGUUGAUAAUGGCUUCGUAAUUUGGGAGAGUAGGGCGAUCAUCACGUAUUUGCAAAAUAAGUAUGGCAGAAUCGAUUCCCUUUAUCCAAAGGAGCCAAAGAAACGGGCAGUUGUUGAUCAAAGAUUAUUUUUCGACAUGGAUUUUUACUUCCGUUUGUAUCAAGUUUAUAAUCGGAACACCAUAGGUGGAGGACCACCGGAUCCAGAAAAACUUAAAAAGGCUAACGAAAGCUUAGAGUUUCUCGACACCUUUUUGAAUGACUCCGAAUUCGUUGCAGGUGACCAUCUUACUCUUGCUGAUCUAUCCCUAGUGGUUCAAAUAUCUAAUCUUGAAGUACUGAAACAUGACCUGUCCCCCUACAAAAAUAUCAGGAGGUGGUACGAUAAAGUCAAAGUUACUGCCCCAGGAUAUAAAGAGGCAAAUGAAGAUCAUUUAGAAGUAGUUAGGGAAAUGAUAGAAAAAUUCUCCAAAGGCAACAAAUAGACAUAUGUAGAAUAUUAUUUGCAAUAAACUAAUUUAAUAUAA